AUGUAUGACGCCACCAACAUCCUAGACCUGUGUCAUCUUGAGGCCGAGAUGCGAAUGGAGUCCAAAGGCAGCGGCAUGGAGAAGAAUAAUGCAACACCAGAGCUGAACCAGCGGCUGGAAGGCAUCCACAAGGAGGCAGAGAAGUUCAAGGUCAGUAUUGGCCUCGGUUCCAACCCAGAGCCCAUGAAGUCGACCACUAUUGAAAUAUCUAGUCAGAAGACGACAUCCGAGUUUGAUGAGUCCGGCAUUGUUGGUGAGAAGAUCGAGAGGGAUACAAGGGAGCUUGCCCAAUUGCUAAUCUCUAGUGGGGACCACGACAUCAAGGCAUUGUCUAUCGUUGGCGCGGGUGGGAUGGGAAAGACCACACUUGCACAGAAGAUCUUCAGUGAUACAACCGUGAAAGACCACUUCAAAUUGAAGAUAUGGCUAAGCAUCACCCAGCACUUCGAGGAGACUGAGCUCCUUAGGACCGCAAUCAAGCAUGCUGGCGGACGCCAUGAUGUGGAGCAAGACAAGACGCUGCUCACAAGGACACUCAUCGAGACCCUAUCCAUGGGUAGGUUUCUCUUGGUCCUAGAUGAUGUGUGGGGGAUGAAGCUUGGAAAAAUGCCCUUUGUGUCCCAGUGA